CUCUUUUUUUUCUACAAAGACCUGUUUAUUAUCACUCGAACUUGGGAAGUAACAUGAAGCCGUUGUUUAUUUUACAACUUUUAUUUAUUUAUUUACCAAGCGAUGGCCGCACAUUUAGAUGUGACUAUGAUUACUUUAAAGAUAUCAACGGAUACAUCAAGUAUCAAGAAAUACCAGCUAAUUGGCGUGAGGCAAGACUGAGAUGUCAUUUGGAAGGUUCAAAGCUAGCGUCUCCUCUAAAUCCAGGUUUGAGGUACGCAAUGUUAAGGUAUUCAAACACUAGUGUUUGUGGAGUGUUCACGGGUCUUCAUAGUACGUUCUCUAGAGGCGACUACUUCUCCGUCGAAGGAGUUCCUCUUGCUAGGGUCCCUCAUACCUGGACGGAAGGAGAACCAAACAAUGACAAGGAUAAAGAAGGAUGCAUAGUAAUGCUUAGCGAUGGCACUUUUGCUGACGUCAAUUGUGCAGAGACCUUCCCGUACUUAUGUUAUAAGAAGGCUGCUCCGAACAUGUUUAUGUCUGAAUGCGGUACUUCGGAUACAGCUUACAAACUAGAUAGACGUACCGGUAGUUGUUACAAGUUCCACCAGUUCCCUCGUACCUGGUCUCGAGCUUACAUGACCUGUGCUGCCGAAGGUGGAUAUCUUGCAGUCAUCAACAGUGACACAGAAGCAAAGGUGUUGAGUGAAUUGUAUACAAAAAUGGGAGUUCCAAUUCCUUAUGCUGGUGAAUAUUGGACUUUAGUGGCCCAUGUUGGAGUUCACGAUUGGAACGAACAUGGAGAAUGGCUUACUAUUCAUGGUGACACCAUUAAAGACGCAGGCUAUGACAAGUUCUCUCCCGGAGAGCCCAACAACUCAAGUUCGGAAUUCUGUGGAGCGAUUUACCGAUCAGGUUUAUUCGACGACUUCUGGUGCGAACGCCGAGCGCAAUUCAUUUGUGAAAAGGACCCUGAGUUUUUGACUUGUGAUCAUGAGCAAUAAUUCUUGUGUAUGAGAUGUUUAAUAGUUGUUGUUCAUUUAGUGUUGAUCCCCAAUUGUCAGCACGGUUCAGCAGUCUCCAUACUUAGUUUUAGAUGAGAUAUCGUCAGAAUUAUUCAAGUCAAGCUUCCGUUUGCCACGAAUGUGUUACUGGUACGUGUUGGUAGUGGGGGUUCAAUCGAUCUGAUUAAGAAUUUUUUGUGUCGCGAAAAAAAAUGUGAACGUUUUUAGGUAAAAUAUAAAAAUCAUAAGCAUUUUACAUAAAUCGAAUUAUACGUUUUAUAUAUUAUAUACUAUCUCUCCAUAUCGUUUGCAUUGUUCAGGUUAAAGUGUUUGUAUGGGAGAUUCUUACGAAUAAAAAUAGUAACUACUGUACACAUUAUAAAUGAUGACCGAAUAUGAGUGAUUGUGAUGAAUAGGUAGCUGGAAUAUAUCUGAAAUUAACACUCUAGACGUUCUGGUAUUUUUAUGUUUACCGUUAAGCUGUGGGGCUGUAGAAAUAAAUAUAAUUU